AUGCAGUGCUUAUAUUUGGUCUAUUUAUUGUUGCUCCUGUUUGCUGAAGGUACAUACUUCGACUUCCCCGAGCUCGGCGGAUUCCCUGAGUUCGGCGGAUUCCCCGAACAUCCCAAGCCAGAAGUUCCAGAAAUUCCAAAAAUUCCAAAAAUUCCAGACCUUCCAAAAAUUCCUGACCUUCCAAAAAUUCCUGACCUUCCAAAAAUUCCAGAACUUCCAAAACCUCCAGCACCUCCAGCACCUCCAGCACCUCCAUCUCCUCCAGAACCUCCAGCACCUCCAGCACCUCCAUCUCCUCCAUCUCCUCCACCAGAACAAUGUGUUUGCACUUCAUUCAUUCCUAAAUGUAAGGCCAGUUUUGGAAAGCAUGCCUUCUUAAAAGGAUUCCCAUUAGUUGAAGAAUUCAAAUUCAAAGAAGCUAAAAUGAUCACAGAAACCUCCUGGGAAGUUACAGUUGAAUUUUCUAUUAAGAAAAAGUUUGGAUUCUCGGAUUGUAAGAUCAUCAAGCUCAUUGACCACAAGGGAGGUGAAAUUUCCAAGAUCUUUGACAAAAUUCAUGGUAUUAAAAAGAUGAUAGGUAGUGAAUUUAAGUUCUCCGUCAAAAUCGUUAUAGAUGUUACUAGUCAUGGUGAUUUUGUUUGUUCAAAUCCAUUCCUGUUUGAAUAUCUUUGGAAGGGUAUUAUUUCCAAGUAUCACCUGGGUUGUGGAUGGUUUAGUGAUUGUCCUCAAAUGUGCUGGAAGAAAUGUCCACCUCUUCCACCACCUGAGAAUCCACCUCCUUGUAAGACUUGCAGUCCUCCACCACCUGAAGCCAGUACUCCUUCACCAGAAACUACUGUUCCACCACCACCACCACCACCAGAACCCACUCAACCUCCUCCUGAGAACCCUCCACCUGAAAACCCUCCACCUGUUUGUCCAACACCACCUCCACCUCCACCUUGUAAAAGAUAA